AUAUUAUAUAUACUAUUUUUGUCUUAAAAUUGGCAACCAAAUUACCAAAGAAACGGACACAGGAAUCCAGACAAAAUCUCACAAUUCAAUAAUCACCCUCUUUUUUAAGCUUUAGCUAGCUUUAAUGGUUUAAUCACUGCAAUUGUAUUUUGCAAGUUGAGAUUCUUGCCUUCUUUUCCACUUUACUGCACCAGAUUUUGUACUUUCAUACAAAAAACAAAUACACACACCCCAUUUCACAAUUUUCUCAUUUCUGCUUCAUUCUGGAGAGCUCUUGAGGAGAAGAUGGAGAAGCCAAUUACAAGAAUUUGCUGCAACAAUCAACUCUGGUUGGUCAUUCUUGUCUCCUUUGUUUUCUGUUUUGUAUUACUUUGCUUUGAUUAUUCAGCUUUAACUGGCACCCAAGAUAGCUUCACUGUUUUGGUUAACAAUUAUGAAAAUGCAGUCGCUACCCAGAAAUCAAAAUCCCUCCUUUUGCCUAAUAAUGUCAAUGAAACCACCAUUAGACCUAAUAUAACCGGUUAUAUUAGAAAGCAGCCGCAACCCAGUAGAGAGGAGAGUGUAGCAGAGAAUUCUGUUAAAGAUUCUUGUUUGGGUCGAUAUGUUUAUAUUCAUGAGAUUCCUAGUAAAUUUAACCAAGAAUUGCUUGAUAAUUGUGAAUCAAUCACCAGAGGGACUGAGCAUAAUAUGUGUCCUUACUUGGUUAAUUCUGGUCUAGGUGUUGAAGUUGAAAAUUCUCAAGGAGUUCUAUUGAAUAAAAGUUGGUAUUCCACUAAUCAAUUCUUGUUGGAAGUUAUUUUCCAUAACAGAAUGAAGAAGUACGAGUGCUUAACCAAUGAUUCUUCACUUGCCUCUGCUAUAUAUGUGCCAUUUUAUGCUGGUCUUGAUGUUAGCAGAUAUCUUUGGGGUGUUAAAACAUCAAUAAGAGAUCAAUCUGCUUUUGAUCUUAUGAAGUGGCUUGUUCAAAGACCAGAGUGGAAAAAAAUGUUGGGUAGAGACCACUUCUUAAUUGCAGGGAGGAUUGCUUGGGAUUUUAGAAGGCAAACUGAUAAUGAAUCUGAUUGGGGCAGCAAAUUUAGGUUCUUGCCUGAAUCUAACAACAUGUCCAUGUUGGCAAUUGAGUCUAGUUCUUGGAAUAAUGAUUAUGCUAUACCAUAUCCAACUUGUUUCCAUCCCUCAAAAGAAAGUGAGGUGUCUCAGUGGCAAGACAAGAUGAGAAACCAAACAAGGCCAUAUUUGUUCUCAUUUGCUGGUGCUCCAAGGCCAGAUCUUCAAGAAUCAGUCAGAGGCAAGAUCAUAGAGGAAUGCCAAGCUUCAAAGAGCUUGUGCAAAUUAUUAGAGUGUGAUUAUGGUGCUAACGGUGCUAUUAAUUGCGACAAUCCAGUGAAUGUGAUGAGACUAUUUCAGAAUUCAGUUUAUUGCUUGCAGCCUACUGGAGAUUCAUAUACUAGACGAUCAAUAUUUGAUUCAAUUUUAGCAGGGUGCAUUCCAGUUUUCUUUCAUCCAGGAACUGCUUAUGCCCAGUACAAGUGGCACUUACCAAAGAAUUAUAGUAAAUACUCCGUGUAUAUACCUGUUAGAGAUGUUAAAGAAUGGAAAGCCGGCAUCAACGAGACAUUACUUCGAAUACCAGAAGAUAGAGUACUGGCUAUGAGAGAGGAGGUAAUAAAGAUCAUUCCAAGUAUAAUAUAUGCAGAUCCCAGGUCCAGAAUGGAGACAACUGAAGAUGCUUUUGAUUUAGCAGUCAAGGGAAUUCUUGAGAGAAUAGAGAGAGUCACGAAGGUAACUAAGGAGGGAAAGGAUCCUAGCAUUGGUUUUGCUGAUGGGGAUGAUUACAAGUAUACAUUUUCUGGGUAUUUAGGAGAAACUAAUUCAACAAAAGUAUAUUAUUAGUAAAUGUUCUUCCAGCAACUGCUUGCAAGGAAGUGAUACAUAUAACGAUAUAUACAAAAGGCAAAAUAUGCAUAUCAGUUCUUUACUUUUUGUGUAUGCUUGAUUUCCUUUAAGUUUUGACAGUAAAAAUUACAUUUUUCA